AUGGAUGACUACCUUGGGUCUGUGAAAAACGCAGAAACUGCUUUAAGGUUAAAUCGCAGUUUAGUUGAACUGCUUAAGUUGGGUGGGUUUAAUCUUACAAAAUUUAUUAGCAACGUUCCCAGUUUGUCUUCGAAACUAAAUCCCCCUAAGACCAGCGCUAACAACAGUAAGGAAAUUAUUACCGCUGCGAUUAAUCCGGAAACCGCAUCGCAUGUUCUCGGUCUCAAAUGGGACCACGUCACCGAUACGUUGGUUGUGAGCAGAGGAGUCAACCGCGAACUCAAAGACUCUGUUACGCAGCGAUCGGUCCUUAGUUUUGUGUCCUCCGUGUUCGACCCCAUAGGUCUUGUCGCCCCAUAUACCGUACGCGCACGUUUGUUACUGAAAGAUAUCUGGAGAUUGAGUGGCCAACAGUGGGACGACCCACUGCCAAUUGAGUUGUGCCGCAGAUUCACUGAAUGGCACUCUGGCUUGCCAGUUUUAGGGCAACUCAAAAUACCUCGUUGCUAUUUUGACUUCUCAGUAGAUGAGGUUGAGCUGCACAUGUUCGGUGAUAGCUCAUGGGACGUUUUCUGUUCUGUAGCAUUCCUUCGAGCUCAGAAAAACGCCUGUUCCAAAUGUCAACUAGCGUUUGUUUUCGGUAAAGCAAGAGUAGCCCCGAUGAAGAUGCUUUCAAUUCCGAAGUUGGAACUUCAGGCUGCGCUUCUUGCCAGUCGCCUGAAGGAUGAUAUCGAGAAAGCUCUGACACUGAGUAUUUCUAAAGUGUUCAUGCGGACUGACAGCACAACAGUCCUUCAAUGGUUGAACUCGACAAGCAAACAGCCCGUGUUUGUAGCCAAUCGAGUAGCCGAGAUUCCGGAGUCAACAUCAAUUGACCAAUGGUUCCAUGUUUUGAGUGGAGACAACCCCGCUGACACCGGAACUAGAGACGAACGAGAUCCAACAGUACAAGGCAUGCCCAGCACGGCGGAUACAAAUUGGGGAGCUAGAUCGGGCUCUGAGUAUGGCAAUAGACAAAACCACCCUCUUCUGUUAACGGAUCAGCAAGCCAUAAAUCAACAGGACGAGCCGAUGGCAAGGACUAUGGGCGAAACAGCGGGGCCAUCGGUGUCAGUGUAUCAGCGAACCGGCGAUAAAAACACUAAAAGGUAUAGAUUGCUAAAAAAUAGCAUAAUCGGGGAAAGCAAACAUACGUUAACGAUGAGUAAUGGGCAUCUGCUUAAGAAAUCUAGGGUUGCAGUUAAGAAAUCGCCGGCAAAAGCCUCCAAGUAG